AUGAAUUCCAACGUUAGCGAUUCAUCAAAUUCAUCUUCUUCUUCUUCAGAUGAUGAUGAUAUGAUGAUGAACACUCUUCAUCAAGGAGCUAUAGUAUUAUGUCAUAGUAUCAAUCGUAACAAUAUGAUCAUCCAACAUCUUCUUGAACAACAAAACGAGCACGUGUUCCAUGGUGGUUCAAUUCCUGGACAUAUUGUUAUUAAUCGUGAUCGGAAGAAUUCCCAUCAUAGGUUAUACAAUGAUUAUUUUUCAGAUAAUCCAGUGUACAAUGAGACCAUGUUUCGUCGGAGAUAUCGAAUGUCUCGCUCAUUGUUCAUUCGAAUUGUUGAUGCAGUCAAAGAUCAUGAUCGCUACUUCCAACAACGAUGGGACAACACAGGCAGACUUGGAUUAUCUCCAAUACAAAAAAUAACUGCUGCUUUUCGUAUGUUGGCAUAUGGUGUUCCAGCAGAUGCCACAGAUGAGUAUAUUAGAAUUGGAGAGUCCACUGCAAUUGAAGGCAUGAAAAGGUUCUGUCGAGCUAUGGUUGAGAUAUUUAGCGAGCAGUAUCUUAGAAGGCCAACAUCAAAUGAUAUUUCUAGACUUCUUUAUGUUGGCCAGAAACGGGGAUUUCCUGGAAUGUUAGGCAGUUUAGAUUGUAUGCAUUGGAAAUGGAAAAAUUGUCCAACCGCGUGGGCUGGACAAUAUACAGGCCGUAGUGGAUAACCUACAAUCAUUCUCAAAGCUGUAGCAGAUUAUGAUCUUUGGAUAUGACACGCAUAUUUUGGUUUGCCAGGCACCAACAACGAUAUAAAUGUGUUAGAGUCAUCUCAUCUGUUCUCGGAUCUAACUCAAGGUAUUUCUCCUCCAGUUCAUUAUGUAAUCCAAGGAAAAGAAUAUAACACGGGCUAUU